AGUGAGCUUAGCUCUUAGGAGUCGCUAUGGUGACAGAGAGGCCCGAGGCUUCUUGGUAACUGGUCCCACUUCUGUGAGUACGAUCGCCACCGCUUUCCUGUCACUUAAGUGAGUACAAUCAAGUGGCAUUUUAAAAUUUUGCUGGAAGGUGGAGACAUGAGACUGAAGAUAUCUCUUUUAAAAGAACCAAAGCAUCAAGAAUUAGUAAGCUGUGUGGGCUGGAAUACUGCUGAAGAACUGUAUUCAUGUAGUGAUGAUCACCAGAUAGUGAAGUGGAACUUGUUAACUAGUGAAACAAGUCAAAUAGUAAAGCUGCCUGAUGAUAUUUACCCAAUAGAUCUUCACUGGUUUCCGAAAAGUUUAGGCAUAAAGAAACAAACUCAAGCAGAAAGCUUUGUUCUCACAAGUUCUGAUGGCAAAUUUCAUCUGAUUUCUAAGUUAGGAAGAGUGGAAAAAAGUGUGGAAGCUCACUGUGGAGCAGUACUUGCUGGACGAUGGAAUUAUGAAGGAACAGCAUUAGUUACAGUUGGAGAAGAUGGACAAAUAAAAAUCUGGUCAAAGACUGGAAUGCUAAGAUCAACUUUAGCUCAGCAAGGAACACCAGUGUAUUCAGUAGCAUGGGGCCCUGAUUCGGAAAAGGUUCUUUACACAGCAGGCAAACAGCUGAUCAUUAAACCUCUUCAACCAAAUGCUAAAGUUUUACAGUGGAAAGCUCAUGAUGGCAUUAUUUUAAAAGUAGACUGGAACUCAGUCAAUGAUUUAAUUUUAUCUGCUGGCGAAGACUGUAAAUAUAAGGUAUGGGAUAGCUACGGCCGCCCUCUGUACAGUUCACAACCUCAUGAGCAUCCUAUUACCUCAGUUGCCUGGGCUCCAGAUGGAGAAUUAUUUGCUGUUGGAUCAUUUCAUACUUUACGCUUGUGUGAUAAAACUGGGUGGUCAUAUGCUUUAGAAAAGCCCAACACUGGCAGCAUAUUUAAUAUCACAUGGUCAAUUGAUGGCACCCAGAUCGCUGGAGCCUGUGGAAAUGGACAUGUUGUUUUUGCACAUGUGGUGGAGCAACGUUGGGAGUGGAAAGAUUUUCAAGUAACAUUAACUAAAAGAAGGACCAUGCAGGUUCGUAACGUUCUUAAUGAUGCAGUGGAUUUACUGGAAUUCCGUGAUAGAGUCAUUAAAGCCUCUUUGAACUAUGCACACUUAGUUGUUUCAACGUCUCUUCAGUGUUAUGUGUUCUCUACGAAGAACUGGAAUACACCACUUAUAUUUGAUCUCAAAGAAGGAACUGUUAGUUUAAUUUUGCAGGCAGAAAGACAUUUUCUUCUUGUAGAUGGUGGUGGUAUCUAUUUAUAUUCUUAUGACGGGCGCUUCCUUUCCUCUCCAAAAUUUCCUGGAAUGAGAACAGAUAUUCUAAAUGCACAGACGGUCUCUCUGAGUAAUGAUACCAUAGCAAUAAAAGACAAAGCUGAUGAAAAAAUAAUCUUCCUCUUUGAGGCAUCAACUGGAAAACCACUGGGAGAUGGGAAGCUUCUUUCUCAUAAGAAUGAAAUUUUGGAAAUUGCUCUAGAUCAAAAGGGACUUACCAAUGAUAGAAAAAUUGCUUUCAUUGAUAAAAAUAGAGAUCUCUGUAUCACUUCAGUGAAACGAUUUGGGAAGGAAGAACAAAUUAUCAAACUUGGAACAAUGGUGCAUACUCUGGCGUGGAGUGAUACAUGCAACAUCCUCUGUGGACUUCAAGAUACUCGAUUUACAGUGUGGUAUUACCCCAAUACGGUUUAUGUGGACAGAGACAUUUUGCCUAAAACAUUAUAUGAAAGGGAUGCAAGUGAAUUUAGUAAAAAUCCCCAUAUCGUGAGUUUUGUUGGAAAUCAGGUAACUAUAAGAAGAGCUGAUGGCUCACUGAUUCACAUCAGCAUAUCACCAUAUCCUGCUAUUCUCCACGAAUACGUAAGCAGUUCAAAAUGGGAAGAUGCUGUAAGACUUUGUCGUUUUGUUAAGGAGCAAACCAUGUGGGCUUGCCUAGCUGCUAUGGCAGUCGCUAAUCGAGAUAUGACUACUGCAGAAAUAGCCUACGCAGCAAUUGGUGAAAUUGAUAAGGUUCAAUACAUCAAUUCUAUAAAAAAUCUUCCAUCUAAAGAAUCAAAAAUGGCCCACAUAUUAAUGUUUAGUGGGAACAUACAGGAAGCUGAAAUGGUACUUCUUCAGGCUGGCCUUGUUUAUCAAGCAAUUCAGAUCAAUAUUAAUCUCUACAACUGGGAAAGGGCACUUGAAUUAGCUGUUAAAUACAAAACACAUGUUGAUACAGUGCUGGCCUACCGACAAAAGUUUUUGGAGACAUUUGGUAAACAGGAAACUAAUAAACGAUACCUGCAGUAUGCAGAAGGUCUUGAAAUAGAUUGGGAAAAAAUCAAAGCCAAAAUUGAGAUGGAAAUUACUAAAGAACGAGAGCGAUCCUCAAGCAGCCAGCCCAGCAAGAAUAUUGGUCUUAUGCACUAAAUGCCAUGCUUACCUUUAAGAAGUUUUACCUUUUGAAACUGAUUCUGAUGAACCAAGGAUAAGCUUGUUCUCCUUGCUUAAAAAAAGGCAGAAUCUCUAAGUAUAAGCACUCGCUGUGUAUUUAAUACCAAAAGAAUAUUCAGAAAGACUAAGCACAAAAUAAUUGAUGUAAUUUCAUCUUUUAUAUUUUUAGUCCAAUAAUUAGCAAAACAUCCUAUAUAUUUAUGAUGCAUCUAUGUAGUAUUGCUUACAUUCCAGUUUUCUGUCCAUUAUUUUAUCCCUGAAUCUUCAGUAUGAACAAUAUUAAUGCUGAUAAUAAAACAUUGGACUCUU